ACCGAGUGGAUAGUGGGCGCGCCCGCUGCGACGUUGCGGAGGCUUCAAGAUGGCGGAAGCCCUGACAACUCAGGAGGAACUGGCGGUUGAGGAGUUCCUGGGUGAGGUGCGCAGCAGGGAGCAGCCUCACAGCGCUAGUCUCGUCUCCGAGCCCACGGCUGUCAAGUUCCUUAUGGCCCGCAAGUUUGACGUCUCGAGAGCCAUCAACCUCUUCCAGGCAUACAAGAACACGAGAAUCAAAGAGGGCAUCUUCAACAUCAACCCUGACGAGGAGCCCCUACGCUCUGAGCUGCUGUGUGGCAAGUUCACAGUCCUGCCUGGCCGUGAUGCUAAAGGUGCAGCUCUAGCCCUCUUCACGGCUCGCCUCCACCGACCAGACGUCACCACCCACAAGGCCGUGCUGCAGGCUAUCAUCUAUCAGCUGGAUAAAGCCAUAGAGAGCUUGCAAACGCAAAGAGACGGUCUAAUAUUUAUCUAUGACAUGACCAACUCAAGCUACGGAAACUUUGACUACGAGCUCUGUGUCAAAAUCCUUGACUUGCUCAAGGGGGCGUUUCCUGCUCGUCUAAAAUGUGUCUUCAUCGUAUCGUCCCCUCUCUGGUUCAGAGCACCUUUCGCAGUGCUUCGUCUUUUCGUCCGUGAGAAACUCAGAGAAAGGGUGUGCACCGUCAAAGCCCACGAGUUGGCCAACCACAUCCCCGUGCCGUCCCUCCCCGAGCACCUGGGCGGGACGUCCCAGUACAGCCACGUGGCCUGGAUCCAGUCCUGCGUCAACGCGCACACGAACCCCGCCCCCGGCGACCACCCCAUGCAGGACGACCACGACUGCGUGGGCAGCCUGCUGCGCUCCUACAGCCUGGGGGCCAGCGACCCCAGCGCCGCCGACGGCGCGUCCCACCGGCACGCGGAGCCGGGCCCCGAGCUGGCCGUGACCAACUCGAACUGCUGCGACGACAGCAACGCCAACCCGCACAACAGCCACCGGGGCAACCACCAACACUGGAACGGCUCUGCGCUGGGCGGGCCCGGCCCCAACGCUAACACCAACGGCUGCGGACGCCAGCCCCCGCCGCCCCAGUCGGCCACGCCCCCGGCCACCCCGGGCCAUCAGAACCUCAACGGGGACGCGCCCGUCUGCCGAGAGUCGGACGCCGCGGGCCAGCCCCAGAACGAUAACGCAGAGGAGGACCCGGAGGCGGAGGACGAGGAGGAGGAGGAGGAAGAGGACGAAGAAGGGGUCCCGCCUCUGCCCCAGAAGGCGCUGCCCCGGCCGCCACAGCAGUCCUCCCAGUGUCCGGUGCUCUCGUCGUCCUGGGACCCCGAGGAGACGGAGCCCUACAUGGAGGUGUCCGUUCACAUGCCCGAGCCCGGGGGAAUGAGUGUGGGGGAUCUGGUGGAGCACGUAAAGAGGAGGAAGAAGAAGGGGAUCUACCAGGAGUACGAGGAGAUCCGCAAGGAGCCACCAGCCGGCACCUUCGACUACUCCAGGAAGCUGGCCAAUCAGAUUAAGAAUAGGUACAGCGAUGUGCUCUGCCUGGACCAAUCACGAGUGCGACUCAGUGAGCUGUGUGAUGACGAGGAUGAGACGACAGACUACAUCAACGCUAGCUUCAUGGACGGGUACAAGAGAAGCAAUGCCUACAUUGCCACUCAGGGUCCCUUGCCCAAGACUUUCGAGGACUUCUGGCGACUGGUCUGGGAGCAAAUGGUACUGCUCAUAGUCAUGACCACCAGGGUGGUGGAGCGAGGGCGGGUCAAGUGCGGACAGUACUGGCCCCUGGAGGAGAACCAGACGGAGCAACACGGGUACUUCCUGGUCAGGAACCUGCACAUCCAGGCUUUCCAGGACUUCAAACUCUCCCACCUGGAGCUGUACAACACGCAGACCGGUGAGAAGCGGGAGAUCUCUCACUACCUCUACGUCAGCUGGCCUGACUUCGGAGUGCCCAAGUGUGCGUCGGCCAUGUUGGAUUUCCGUGAGCAUGUGCAGCAGAGGCAGGAGGCGGCCGUCCAGAGCCUGGGCCCCAGCUGGACAGGACCCCCCGGGGGGCCGCCCGUGGUGGUCCACUGCAGCGCUGGUAUUGGCCGCACAGGUACGUUCUGCACCCUGGACAUCUGCCUGGCGCGCCUGGAAGACAUCGGCUCGGUGGACGUGCGGCAGACGGUGCGGCGCAUGCGCACGCAGCGGGCCUUCAGCAUCCAGACCUGGGACCAGUACUACUUCUGCUACACGGCCGUCAUCGAGUACGCCCAGCGCCACGGCAGGCUGAGCCCCGUGCAGUGGUCCGACUCGGAGCUGGAGACGGACAGCGAGUGACGGUCGCACGGAGGGGGGCGGGCCCGAGGGCGGAGGAGGCCGGCGACACCACAGGAGGGGUCCGAGAACACAGACGGCAGCUGGGGGAGAAGAAGAGUCCGGAGGUCCGGCGGCCACCCCUGAGGACAGAACUCUGUUGUAUACCUUAGCAAAAUACGAUCAUCUGAAGAGAGAGCUGUUGUGCAGAGGUGCCACGUUCUGCAGGCCCUGGAAGGGCUUGUCCAUGCCGAGGGUUCGAAUGGCAUGACCACGAAUAAGCAACGUAUCCUGCCUAUUUCCAAACCCCUGCACCGCCACCACCACCAACACCACCACCACCUGCCCUCUUUCUUAUGUUUUAUUUGGUAAGCUCUAAAUGGGAUCUGGCCUGCCCUAAAACCUUGCUUGUUGACAAGUGUCAUAAGAGUUGUAGCAUUUUUUUUAUACUGACUUGCACAGGGGGGGUGCAAACUUGAACUCCGCCCCUCCGAGAACAGCCCUCAUUCUUUUGUUUUGUAUUCCCUCCCUCUGAAAGUGCUCUGUGAUUAUUUUUUUUUGCCUGAGGAGUACACGCCCCAUGUGACAGGGUGGGAGGAGCCUAGCGGCUUGGUGGUGAAGGAAGUGGUACUACUCGAGAGGAGUGUCCUCAUGUGGGGUCCGUGUUGUCCGCCAGCCUCGCGGACCCCGCAUUUUCUGUUAUAUUCUGCCAUGAUUUCCUCCGUUCGUACUGCACCUUCUCUGCGUGAACGAUUUUUUGUUGGUAUGGCGUGUUUGGGUGACAGUAGCUCAGGAGGUAGAGUGGGUUGACUGGUAACCGGUAGGUUGCUGGUUCAAUGCCAGGCAUUGAACCAGCAACCUUCGAGGUGUCCCUGAGCAAGACGCCUAACCCUGACUGAUCCUGAAGAGCUGGCUGUCGCCAUGCGUGGUUGAUUCGCCGUCGGUCUGUGAAUGUGUGAAUGAAUGGUCGUUUUGGAUAAAAGCGUCAGCGAAAUCCCUAAAAUGUAAAUGUAUGUUAACUAACUUUUUCAAAAGCCAAAGUCCUCACCCUGAAUGCUUGGAUGUAUUCCUUACUAAGAUUAUAAACUGAAAUCUGUGUAUAUUCUUGUAACAUACAUUUAUAUAUUAUUGUGCAUAAUGACAACCUUUCAACUAAGAAAAAAAAAAUGCCUUGUUUUAAUAUAAUUGACUGAAGAAGCUGUCUCGAGAGAAGACCGCUAUGUCGGAGGCCGGACAAAAAGGAAAAGUUUGUAACGCUUACUUCGAUUUCCUCACAUUGUUCAAUAAGUGUGAUUGGUCAGGUCUAACAUCGUCUUAGCUGUGGCAACAUUCUUAUUGGGCGAUUUCCAAAAUUGGCCUUAACCUCUCUUGACUCACUGCCUCGUUGCUCUUAGAUCUUAACCUCUACAAAAACCGUGUUUUUCGUCCUUUAUUCCUCCCUUUCCUUCCGUUGACUCCCUUGACACCACAACUGUUGAAUCGUUUGAUUAUCGAGGCCGGCGCUGCCUCAGAUGUUUGUGCCUUCGAGUUUUCCAUAAUGUCCAUACACCGCGGCCCAGAUCAUACGGUUCGACCUAAACUAGCGCACUCGUACCCACCCCCGGGCCGUGUCCCCCCCCACAGGGCCCCCGGUCGGUCCACAGGCCCCUAGUGCACUGCCUCAGGGAGGAGGCUGGGCGCGCUCUGCAGGGUGUAGGAGGAUCAGGACGGGGCUUUCUGUCAGUCGACCUCAGGGCGUAAGGCUACUAGUGUUUUUGCCUAGUGUCAAACAUAUUGUUUUCUGUGUUCGCCUCUGGUGAUAUAUCAUAUUAGAAAACCUAUCAGUUUUUAUUUUAUACAAUAUACUGUAUUGUGUAACCUAUUAUAUUUAUGUAUUUGUACAACGUCAACAGUAUUGAAAUCCUGAAUGUUGGUACGAAAAAGAGUAAACUGUUCUUUCAUUUGAUAAGCUACACAAAUCAGAUGGGGGCGGGGGGGGGGGGGGCAAAGAAAAUUAUAUUUUUUUGUCGUUUACAAGUAUGGUGAAUAAUGUUACUGGCCCUUGUAUUUUCACAACUGAUUUGUAUACCAUAACGAUUGUUGGAAUCCAGGACAAUGGGGAGAAAGGUAAUGAGUGUUUCCUGAGGGAGUGCAUAACACCAAACGCCCCACACACAACCAGAACGCAACUCCUCUCGCCACCCGCAGACAGAUGCCAAGGACUAAGUGGAUACAGCCAUCUAACGGAGAGGAAAACUGGACUCGGCGCUGCCAUCUUGGUUCACUAAACCCAGUUCUGUUCUUGAGAAUUAACAAAAACACACACAGGGUUAGGGCUGCAACAAAACAAAGAAAAAGAAACAAGAGCCUUGAAUGUGUUUCAGAGUCAAUCAGGACAUGCAGACGAUGGUAACGUGGACCACCUCGGCACACAAACACACACGCAAUGCCAAAGGCCAAGCCUCACCCUGAGCACUCUUUCUCAGCCCCUUCACAUGCUUCCUGGACGGCUUACAAGCACGGUCCUACGAGAUGGAAUGGGGAGCGUGGUGCCCCAGAAGAAUGCGUGGUCAGCACGGACUGGCGGGUUGUUAGUCUGUCUCCCCGUUACCUUUUGGAGAUGUUUUACAAAACAAACAAAAACAUGCUCCAUGCGUUUGCUGAUGGGUGUUCUGUUUUAAUGAGUCUGUGUUUUUUCAGUUCUUGUGAUUGAAUAAUGGCCUUUUACAUGCUGUUGACUUGGCUGUCCCAUUAAAGCAAUGGUAUUACCAUCUUGAAUGAAUAUGGGCUGUGUCGGUCUCUGCUUUAGUUACCGUCCCGGGUCAGUUUACCAUGCUAACGGUGUGUUGGCAAAGGAAAAACCAAAGCAUACCUUGGGGAACUACCGCACAUUUUAAGGGUCUGGUGGUGGUACUUGGUGACCGGAUUUUGACGGUACACUGGGUUUUAAGAAACUACUUGAAUGUAGUUUCCACAUGAAUGGAAUGAUUUAUUCAAGUUUUGAAGGCAAACCAAAGCUUUACACAGCAGGAUAGGAGUAACAACAUGUGCUGCCAAUCUAAACAAAUAUAUCACGUCAGCCGCAUCCAACAGUGUUUUCUGGGGAGUGAAAUGUGUUGAUAAC